GUCAUCUCCCAUAAGGAUCAACAAACAAGUUGACAGACGAGCGAGGAAGAGGCGUACGCGUUGUCGAUUUACUCCGAAAUAUCUGCACGGAUAGAGAUCGAUGUGAAGCUCGAUCGAACGAUUCUCAUCGAAUUCAUUCACGACGUGUUCGCGUGCCCUAAAGUUCGAGGAACAUCCGUGCGGAGGAUUUUCACAUUUCUUUUAUUUCUAAUUCCACCGAUCGACAGCAAAAUGCUCGUGGCGGAAGCAGCGAUAGCACUGACGUUAUUCGUGGUCGGGAUCUCUGGCAGACCGGAACCACCGGUGAGCCAGCAGCACCAGGCUUACCUACCGCCAGAUCAGCAAUACGGACCACCGCAGAGAAACGGCGCUAACUCCCCAGCCGGACAGGGCUACAACGCUUUUGGGGGUGCGAGCACAUACGCAAGACCGAUUCAAACUGCUCCAAGUGCUCCGGGUAGCCCGUACUCUACUAAUCAAUACCUUCCGCCAAAUCAGCAGUACGGUGCUCCUGGCACAGGCAAUCGACCUUACGAUGAUGGAUCUAGCAAUGGUCCGGCGCGAUACGACUUCGAAUACAUGGUAAACGACAUCGCUUCCGGUAACGACUUUGGCCACAAAGAGAGCCGGGAUGGUGACGUAACGCGUGGCGUCUAUUACGUUCUUCUGCCGGACGGCCGUCGUCAGACCGUCGAAUACGAGGCCGACCAAAAUGGUUUCCGGCCGAAAGUCACUUACGUCCAGGAAGGCACCGGCAUCGGGGGACCGAGCGGAAACAAUCCCGGUGGCUACCCAGCCGGAAACAACGGUUAUCGUUAUUAAUAACAAUAAAUAUCUGUUUAUGUAUUUAAAAAAAAAAAAAAGAAAAAACCUAAAAUGGACGCACGAAUACGGAACAACAAAGGGCCAAGUACUUACGAUUACCAUUACUAUUAUUAUUGUUACUGUGCGAUCGAGUGAUCCGGAAUGGCAUGCUGAAGAUCAUGGCGUUGUUAAAACUAUGAGGUUUCAUCAAAAAUUCAAUAUGAUCGCGCUCGAGCGCGAAAUCGCACGAAAAAACACACACACACACACAGCCACGAACACACACGAUUCUUUCAUCUCCAUCGUCCCUUGCCCUCUAUUUAUGUACUCACCUAUAAAUAUCUGUUUUUUAAUCUUCUUUUUUACUGUAUACACAUGCGCAAAGCGUUAAUUCCCAAACCUCCCAUUUUUCAUUGCCAUAAAACUGUGGAGCGUGUAAAAAAAUGGAACGUAGCUUCGAAGGAUAUUUUUUCUGUAAUUUAGCCUCCGGUCGUGUACACGAUAUUUUGUAUUUCGUUCGAUUUUAUCUCAUUAAUGUUACGGCCAACAUACGAGUUGUAUAGUGGAGCGAAUUUUGUACCGCGUAGUUGAACUACGAUGAUGAUACACACACGUACGAAUAAAUCGAUUUCAUCCAA